CACGGCUGUUUCAGUCAGUUGAUCCAUGGUGCCGCUGCUGAGCAGAAAAACGGCGAAAAGAUUUGUAAAUUGGCACCACUGGGACCAGUAACUCUUCAUUAGAACGUAAAUCCUCAAUAGGACUAGUUUAAGGACCUACACACUAAGUGUAGCUUUGGGCAGCAGCCAUGUCAGGCACCUAUGAUGACUCCAUGAUUGAUGUCUCCAGUGACAGCUUCUGGGAGGUUGGAAACUACAAGCGCACCGUGAAACGGGUAGACGAUGGUAGUCGGCUCUGCACAGAUCUCAUGAACUGCAUUCAUGAGCGGGCGCGUAUUGAAAAGGCCUACGCACAGCAGCUCACAGAAUGGGGGAAGCGUUGGCGGCAACUUGUAGAGAAAGGACCUCAAUAUGGUACGUUGGAGCGAGCGUGGGCUGCUCUGUGUACUGAGGCAGAGAAGGUGAGCGAGCUUCACAUGGAGGUGAAAGCAGCAUUGAUGGGAGAAGACUAUGAGAAGCUGAAGAACUGGCAGAGAGAGUCCUUCCACAAACAGAUGAUCGGUGGCUUCAAAGAGACUAAAGAGGCUGAAGAUGGCUUCCGCAAGGCUCAAAAACCCUGGGCCAAGAAACUCAAAGAGGUAGAGACUUUGAAGAAGGCCUACCACACUGCCUGUAAAGAAGAGAAGCUUGCAGCCAGCAGGGAGACUAACAGCAAACUCGAGAGCAACAAUAACCCUGAAGCCCAAAAGAAACUUCAGGAAAAGGUGGAAAAGUGUCAGCAAGAGGUCCAGAAGACUAAAGAACGUUAUGAGAAAUCUAUUGAGGAGCUUGACAAAUUGACCCCUCAGUACAUGGAAAACAUGGAGCAAGUGUUCGAGCAGUGGCAGCAGUUUGAAGACAAGCGCAUUCACUUUUUCAAAGAGGUGCUGCUGGAGGUUAAGCAGCACCUGGACCUCUCAACCAAUCACAGAUAUCAGGGAGUUUACCACACACUGGAAGACACAAUCUCUGGCACCGAUCCUGAAGAGGACCUAAAAUGGUUCCGGUCCAAUCAUGGUCCUGGAAUGCCAAUGAACUGGCCCCAGUUUGAGGACUGGUCCAUAGACCUCAACCGAACCUUGAGCAGACGAGAAAAGAAGAAGCCAUCAGAGGGCGUCACAUUGACGGGCAUCAGUCCAGCUGGGUCAGACCAGCCUGUUCAGCCUGCCAAAACCAGCAACAGCCUGACUGUACCAAAAGCUGCACCUGUGGGCACGAACCCAUUUGACGAAGAUGACGAUGAAGUGGAGGAGACUGCUGUGGAGCAGGAGAUCACAGUCAACAACGUCGUUGUGAAUAAAGAGGAAAUAAAAACUGCAAGCAGUACAGAGAAGACUCCAGACUGGUCGGAUGAGGACACAGCUGGUAACCCUUUCUCCACCAAUGGUGAGGGUAAUCCAUUUGAGGAAGAGCCGGCCUCUCCUGUUGUAUCGGUGCCUGUCAAAGCUCUCUACGACUAUGAGGGACAGGAACAGGAUGAGCUGAGCUUCAAAGCAGGUGAUGAAUUUACCAAAAUAGGUGAAGAAGAUGACCAGGGCUGGUGCAAAGGCAGGCUCAAGGAUGGACAAACAGGCCUCUAUCCUGCUAACUAUGUGGAAGACAUCCAGUAAUGAAUCGCCACUGAUGAAACAAAUGUGAAGAAUGAAGAAUGUGUUUUAUGAAACUUGACAGGCUCUUAUUUUCAGCCCUCUUUUCCUUGUUUGUGAUGACUGGAUUGGAGUUGGUGGAGGACAGAAGAGAAGGGUUUGUAGAGCUUAGGAGGACCACUUUAGUCACUUCUUACCCGUGGACACUGUUGGAAACUACAAGUUUCCAGAAGAUUUCAGGAACAUCCAAGAAGACUUGCUGUCGGUGUAAGAUGUUACUUAGAAUCCCAUUUAUGCUGUUACAGAAAUAGCUAUUCAAGUACAUGUUAGAUAAGACUGAAUGAAAUGUGUGAAUUUAGAUCAUUUAAGAAAAAAUCACUGGGAUUACGAUCUUACAAAUAGUCUUGCAUGCGAAACACAGCCUUGAUAUGCAAGCCUGUUUUUAAUUCAUCAAGGGAAUUGAACCUUUUUUAUAACCAGUACUUGCAUUUCUCCUGAAAGAAUCCAGUCCAUAGAUGUUUUUUAUUAUUUGGCCUGAAUUGUGAGAUUUAUGAACUUCAUUUUAAAUUAGUGUUUAUAUUCUCUCAUUUCUUUCAGGGUUUUGAUUUUUUUUUUUUUUUUUUUUUUUCCCCCAUUCAGUUUGUAACUGUUGUGGUUGUUGUUAUAUUUAGUUUUUCAAAGGAAUGGUAAAGAUCCUCAGUUCACCUUUAUUCAUGGGUAGACUUCCUUUAGUCACUGCAGCUGAAUGUAUUUGUUUUCACUCAUGGAUUGUUCACUUUUACUGCAUCCACUGACCCCGCUCCCUUUCUCACACACCUUUCUGAUGAUUGUAGAUAUUUAUAUUGCAACACUGAAAGUUUCUCACUUGAAUCUUCUAAGUUCAGUUCUCAGUUCUUGUCACAUGCCAGGUUAUGGGAGAAUAUUUUAUUGUUUAACUGAGAUUUCAUGUUCUAGCAAUAAAACCACAAAUGAGUAUCGUAUUGCAUACAUGCAUAUACAUUAAUAAUAUUAGAACAAAUCAAACAUUCUGAUUGGAUGAUGUGCAAGAAAUUAUUAAUUUAUGAUGCCACAAGUGCUUUUGUUGUUCUGAUGCUGAAAUGUUGUGAUGGAGAAUCGGUUUGUACAUUAACUGAAUGUUUAUGGCAAACGUCCAUCGACCGUUACUGCUAUAUCUGUAAAUAUGAUUUAUAUUUUCCCUUCAGAGGGCCAUAUGAGUUGCUUUAAUCACCAAAUGCUUUGUGAAAAAUUCAUUUUCUUUGGGACCUAUGACAUUGCUAUCACAGCCUUAAUGCACAGUUUGCAAAUAUGAGCUGCACAUCGUUCACAAAGAGCAUUCAUAAGUGCACCAGUUAAAUAACUAUUACUUUUGAUGCCUUCAGGCUACAGCAGAAGAGGAAGAAUUUUUGUUUUGUACAUCAGUGAGGAAAGAUGUUCAAGUGUUGCUAGCAAAAUGCAGCGACAGCUAUACUUGCACAGAAAGGUUUGUAAUUGUUGUCCAACAUCACAAUAAAUGAAUUUACUGGGAAAAUA